AUGACUGAACAAAAAUUAUCAUCAUAUAAUUAUGUUGUUUUAGAUAUUGAAGGAACUACUACUCCGAUUUCUUUCGUUCAUGAUAUACUGUUUCCAUACGUUACAAAAAACUUGGAAAAGUUUUUACAUAACAACUGGGCAUCACAAGAGUUACAAAAAUAUGUUCAAGAGCUACGAAAACAAGCAGAACAAGAUUAUAAAGAAGGAAUGCCCGAAGCCAAAAUUAUUCCUGAAGAAAAUGAAAAAAAUACCGACGAGGUAAUAAAAUCUGUAAUUCAUAAUAUCGAAUGGCAAAUGAAAGCUGAUAGGAAAAUUGGAGCCUUGAAAUCCUUUCAAGGUUACAUGUGGAAAUUUGGUUACGAAUCUGGUGAAUUAGAGAGUUUAAUGUAUGAUGAUGUUUUGGUUGCAUUAAACAAAUGGAAAGAAGCUGGUAUAAAAAUUUAUAUUUAUUCUUCUGGAAGUAUAGCUGCACAAAAACUACUUUUUGGUUAUACAAAUAAAGGCAAUUUAUUAGAAUAUUUUAGUGGACAUUAUGAUACUUCAAUUGGUUCUAAACUUGAGGAAUCAAGUUACAUUAAUAUUUGCAAAAACAUUGGAUCAGUGCCAUCCAAAAUCUUAUUUCUUAGUGAUAAUGUCAAAGAAAUUAAUGCUGCAAAAAAAGCAGGUUUUCAAACUGCAAUUAUACAAAGACCAGAGAAUCCACCUUUAUCAGAACGUGAUCUCGCAGAAAAUUUGAUUACUGUUGAGACCGUUCAUAAAUUUCAAAGCAUGGUUGAAGCAGUAACUUCAAUGAAAUCGGUUAUCGAAGGAAAGCUAACCGAUUAUUUAUCAAAGUUUUUAGGCGAUGUGUUGGCAGUAGUAAAUACUAAACUUGACAUUAAAGUAAAUAAAGUUGACACUAUGAUUAUUCAUUCUGAUGGUUUAUUAGAAGAACUAGACAAAGUGAUAAAUACAUAUGGGAAUGAGACAUAUUCAUUCCCACCUGAAGAUUUAGAGAAACAAAUAAAAGAGGCAGCAGGAACAUCGAUGGAUUCAGAAAAUUUUACAAGAUGA